AUGCCGGCUCCGAACGCAGACAACAGUCCGAGUCGACGGCCGUUGACGACAGAUGAGAUGAAGAGCUGGACCCGUAUGUUGUUGGCUCGGUGUGAGAUCGACCUGACCGACCGGAGGAUCACUUCCCACAGCUGCAAGUGCACAUUGUUGAGUUGGCUGUCCAAACAUGGUGACCUUUGGGAGGAUAGGCAAGUGCUUGGUGGGCACGUGUCCUUUAUCAAGUCGACUAUCACUUACAGUCGUGAAGCCAUGGCCAGACCUUUGCGAGUCCUGGAGGCGCUGCUCAAUGAUGUGCGUGUUGGCCGUUUCCGCCCAGAUGAGACCAGGAGCGGAAGAUUCAGGGACGUGGUUCUGGAGGGUUGCCACAUGGACGAAUCCUUCCCGUCAGCACCUUUGUCACUCUUUGAUGAAUGGGUCGAAGCCAGUGAGCCUGGUAACAAACCACGAGAAGUUGAGGUGACCAACCAGAACCGAGAGUCUACCGAAAUCAUUGAGGUCGACCCUGACAGCCCGAAGAGGGAAGAGGAGGACAAUGCAUCAUCAGAGGCGCCGGAUACAUCCACAAGCUCAGAUGAGAGUGCCGCUGUCCUCAGUGGGGCCAGGAGACCGCUGCGUGUUCCUACCGUGCCGGACUCUUUGAAGCUUGUGCAGCAUACGAAGCUUCGAACUUUGCAUUGCAUGGAGAAGGAGCACCAGCUCAUCUUGUUGUGUGGUCGCAAAGCAGUGCCAGAAAGAUACGGCGUGGUGGAGGAGGUAACCGCAGGUGAUGUGACAGAGCCUGGCAAGACAUUGCCCUUCAUCGAGAAGCAGAGGAGGUUGAGAGCUCAGCAAACACGCAUCACUGGAAUCAGUCAUAGACACGAGCAGCAGGCCUCUCAUGCUUUGAUUGAUGCAGCUUUCAACAUUCUUGAGACCGGUGCAGUUGUUUACCUGCCACCUUCGAAGUGUGGCUCGCGAGAUGCUGAAAUCCAGUCAGAAGCAAAGAACAAGCAGAAGCAGCUAUUGACUUUGGAGCAAGGAACUAUCAAGGCCACAGCCUCAGAUGCCCUGGUCUCUGUGGACAUUGGGACGGAGAUGAAAUUGAUGUACGCCCUUCAGCGCCGGGGACUUGCGUUUGACUUAGUCAAUCUUGUGUCUUGGCCAGUGCAUAUGGAAUGGGUCAACAAACUCUUUAGAGCACUCAUGUCUGAAGCAGUCCCAGGGUUUAAUAGCAUCACCUUGCAGCAGUUGCUUCGUGCUGAUCAGGAGCUAUUCCUAACCAUAGCAGCCGAAUUUGAUGGUUCGCUCAAGGGGGCAAACGUUGGUGAUCCGCCACCUCUCGAUGCAGUCAUUCAAAGGUUGAUGAACGACCCUCGCAUCAAUAUUCAUUUAACCCCAACUGCUAGAGGUGAGAAACGUAGCAUUCAGCAAGAAGGUGACAAGGUGUCCAACCCGCCCGCGAAGAAGCAGAAGCAGCCCAAGCCGGGUGCCCAGCGUUCGCCUAGCCAGUGCACUGCGAUUGACAAGGACCCAGGCCGUUCAGAAAACUUUCCGGUGUACAUUUGUGACAUUACGAAUGAAGAACAGUUCUUGAAUUUGCGCACUUAUCUGGAAAAAGAGAGAAGUGCCAUCUUGCAUGCACACUUUGCUCCAAGCUGUGGUACUGCUUCGCGUGCAAGAGAACGGCCAAUUCCAGGUUUCAAAACCGCUCCAAAGCCUUUGAGGAGUGAUGCUCAUCCAGAUGGCCUACCCAACUUGUCGGAGUCGGAGCAUCAAAGGGUGUCAGAGGCUAACAGAAGUUAUGCAGCGAUGUCGCAGCUUAUUUUUGUUUUGGUGGAAUUGGGAGUCAGCAUCAGCAUUGAAAACCCUCGCAACUCUUUGCUGUGGAAGACUUCCUUCUUAAAGCAUUUGUUGGGUAAGUUGCCAACCUACCAUGUUUGCACUUUUCACCAUUGCAUGCACGGGGGAAAGCGUGAUAAAGACACUGCUUGGUAUAGCUUCAACCCGCGUGAUCCGCAGAGGGAUUUGUUCGCGAGCUUGGCACUGAAGUGUAACAAACAACACCAACACGCGCCCUGGAAACCCUAUGUGGAUGCCUCAGGGAAACGAAUUUUCCCAACAGCAGAUGAAACCGCUUAUCCGCACUUGCUGUGUGAGCGCGUUGCAUACAUCUUGAGGACAGAGGCCAAAAAGGCGGGCUUCAUUUUUCCCACUGACUUGCACCAACAGUUGGACCACACCAAUGUCAGUGCAAAACGCCAGCUGUUUACAACGCAACCUAGAGGUCGUCGUCUCAGGCCGUUGGUCUCUGAGUUCUCGGGUUACGCAACGGUGGUAACCUUGCCUGAUAGGUCCGAAUUUUUGGAGCAAACUCUUCGUACACUCCCCAAGGGAGCUCGCAUUUGUCAUCGGGUUCUUCAGCAGUGGGGGUGGAAUCGGGAUGACAUGGCACAGAAAUCACGCACUGUUGUCGUUGACGAGAGGUGUGGCACGGAUGGGCAAUGUGAAGUAGUGAACAUUGGCAUCCCUAGGGAACCCAGUGAGUUUAUACAAGAAGCCUUGAACAAGGGUCACCCUAGAGACAUCAUUGCAAACAUACGGGACGCCGAGCGGGACCUGCUUUUGAAUUUGGUGCAUCAACCUUGCUCUGUUCGUUUCCAAAAGCGUGCAGCCUUCAUGAAGAAAUGGCUUAAGAGAUCCUUGGAGCUGAAAGAGAGCGAGCAGAAGUUGCAUGAUUCCCUUGCGCCACACUUGGUCCCCAUCCUAAUGGGUAAACGGCUCUUGUUGUGGAAGGAGAUCUUGAUUGACCUUGCAUACUCUGACGUAGCCGUUAUCGAUGAUGUGGUAAAAGGGUUCGCAUUGACAG